AGUUCUACUGACAAACCAAAAGAGUUCAACGUGGAGAACGACUUCGAUAUGGCCUAAUAGGAGGGACAGGCACAAAACGAUUCCAUACACAAUGAACUUCACAGGAAAAAUCGUCUCCGAAUACGACGUGAAUAGCAUAUUUAUCUUCACGUUUUGACGUAUUCUAAGCCUCUUUAUCACUGUUCGCCAUAAAAGACUCAUAACUACCCCAGUCGGAAGGAGCGGAAGGAUCCUUGACUUGUGGAAGGGAUAAUGAACAUAGACUUCAGCAUGGGUUCUUUACAUUCUUCGUUUGUGCUCCUGCUCCUGGCAAGCUGCAGCUGUAAAUUGGGUUUCUCCUGUGUUAAAAUUGUUCCUGACUCUAAAGCUGCAAUUCUUGUUGAGAUUGGAAAGGACUUUACUGCCACCUGCACUCUCCCAAAAAACUCUAAAUUUAGUGCUGAUGACAUUUACUGGCAGUUGGGAAAGGCCGUUGUGCCAAAAGAGUAUUACACCAAAGUCAGUGAACACGCUGUCAGUGUUACUCUGAACAUAACCAGCGACAUGGAUAACUUGCUCUUGUGCAAAGCUGAAAGGAACCCGUACUCAUAUGAAACUCCCUGUCAGUAUGGGAUCUUCUUUGAUAAGGAAUAUCCCCCAGUUAAGCCAGAGAAUCUGUCUUGUGUGGCAGUCCAGUCUGGCACAGGAAUUUCUUCCCAUUUGUCAUGUCAAUGGUAUCCUGGAAUGAGAGACCCAAGCACUGAUACCAAAUACACACUGUUUGCAAAAACAUUGUCUCAAGAGUAUAAUAGCACUGCAAACAGUACAGCUGGAGUCAUAAACCUAGGCACAUAUCCAAUUUAUACCCGCAUGGACGUAUGGGUGGAAGUGGAGAACAAAGUGGGGAAGGUUAUUUCAAAUAAGCUUGAAGGGGACGCUGAGAAAUUUGUUAAACCAAAUCCUCCGGCCAAAGUGAAAAUUAUCUCUGACGCCAAUAUCUCCACGUCAUUUGUGGUCGAAUGGGAGUCAGGGUUCGUACUGAGGCUGAAAUAUAACAUACGAUACUGUGAAGUAGGCUCCAGUGUGUGGAAAGAGGUGCCCCAGGAAAACACAGAAGCAAAUAUAAACUCCUUCAGGCUCCAGUCCCUUCAGCCAUAUACUCAGUAUGUGGUUCAGAUACGCUGUAUCCAAACUGACAACUCUGGGUAUUGGAGUGAUUGGAGUCCCAACGUCACAGCCUUGACCCCUGAAGCAAAGCCUGAAGGUAAACCUGAUCUUUGGAGAUCUAUUGUCACCUCAGAUGACAAAAGAAAUGUGACGCUCAAAUGGAAGGCUCCUAAGAAGUCCAACGGAAAAAUACUGGGCUAUGAUCUAGAUAUAGAUAUAAGUGGAAUUGUAAACCGAUACAGUGUAAAUUCUGAUCAUUUCAGCUUUUUGCUGCCAAAGGGGAAAAUGGCUUACAUUGAAAUAUCCGCAAACAAUUCAGUCGGAGUGUCUUCAAAAUCAAAUUGUUUUAUCCCUGUUAAUGAUAAGGAAGGGCUCCCUGUAGUAGAGAAGGUGGACUGGUCAGUGCAGAAUGGGGCCCUGUGGGUGGAGUGGCAGCCCUUGCCCCGUGUCCGUGAGUACCUCCUGGAGUGGGUGUCUGUCAGUAAAGGACACACUGACUGGCAAAGGGAAAAGAACUAUAGUGCUUCUAUCAAAGGCAAACUGGAACCAUACACACGCUAUGAUAUAUCAGUAUAUCCAUUAUACAAUAUCAGAAAGCGCACCAACUCAUCAGAUAAAUACUCACAAAAGGCCUACAGCCAGGCAGGGAAGCCUGUCACAGUAAUAGCCUUCCUCCAACAAAAAGCUCCUUCGAUUGGCCCAAAUGCAUGGGUGAAUAAAACAAAGAAAAGUGAAGCUGAGGUCGUGUGGGACGAGAUUCCUCUAGAGAACCAGAAGGGAAUCAUCACAAAUUAUACUAUAUUCUACAAAACAGGCAGCGUGGAAAAAUCUGUAACGGUUGGUCCUGACAUCAACUCCUACACACUGACUGACUUAGCCAGUGACAGCAAGUAUGUGGUGCAUGUCAUGGCUUCUACAGUAAACGGCUCAACAAAUGGUUCAGACAUCAAUUUCAUGACACUGAAGUAUGCCAAAGGGGAACUUGAGGCGAUCGUGGUGGCCGUGUGCAUCAGUUUCCUGUUUCUCACUGUACUUACAGUUCUGGCGUGUCUCAACAAUAGGGAACUAAUAAAGAAGCAUUUAUGGCCUCAAGUUCCAGACCCCUCCAACAGUAGCAUUGGUAAUUGGUCACCUGACUUCCCUACUAAGGCUGACACCCCCAAAGAGACCACGCUGGCUCCCCUGAGUGUGGUGGAGGUGGAUGUGUUUGACAGGAAGUCUCUGUGUGAGGAGGACAAAGCUGUGCUACCUCUGAAGAAAGAUAAGUAUCUGUCAGAGGAGCACAGCAGUGGCAUUGGGGGUUCCUCCUGCAUGUCCUCUCCCCGCCAAAGUGUUUCCGACAGUGACGAAGGAGACUCGGGCCAGACCACUGCUAGCACCAUUCAGUACUCCUCUGUGGUUGCCAGCAGCUACAAGGGCCAGACCCCAGCCCAGCAGCCCCCUGUCUUUGCCCGCUCAGAGUCCACGCAGCCCCUUUUGGAUUGUGAGGAACAUGCAGAGCACCAGCAGACACUUGACAACAGGAACUCUUACUUCAAACGAAGCCGAGGGCCAGAGUCAGGUGGUUUGUUGCAGCAGCUGGAGGGGGAGGAGCAAAACUGUGGGUCUCUGAGCUUCUGUCCAGUGGAUGAAGAGCCUACAGCGACCCCUGCAGCACCUCCCUCGGAAGGCCCUUCCCCUAGUUACAUGCCACAACAGAGCGGCUACAGACCACAGUGAGAGGACACUAAACACGCCAGGAGUAACAUUUCUGUCACAGCUGAUUCCCGUGCCUUUCUUUAGCUCACAUUUUAUUGACUGUCCAGCAAAUUCUAUACUUUUUGGGACUCAUUUUCUUUGUUCUUUUGAAUGUCCUGCACUAACAAUAUAGCAAGCUUCACUUUUGUAAAUAGAUGUAUCAGAGAGAGUGAUAAGCCCAAAUUGAUAUGUAGUGCCAGACUGUUGUGAUUGUCACUGGGAUUUUACUCAUUAGAUAAUGAGUGGUGAAGGGAAAAUAUUGCAUCAGCACAUGAGCAAAAAAUAUUCACACUGAAAAUGUAUACAUUUAUUUGGCCAAGUAUGGAAGUGGCCUCACGAGAAAAGCCAUGGCAUCUCUUUUAUUUAACAUUGUUUGUAUUAUUGAAUGUAAGGGCUUUUUUCCUUUUGUUGAAUAGAAAUGUGACAUACUCAGCAGUAUUAGCACUGUUACAUGCUUUAUAUAGUUAAUACCGAAAGACUUAGGGCCAAAAAAAAAAAAAGGUCUCAAUUUUAGGAAAUUUCAAGAAUGGUCACAUAUAUUUACAACAGUCCAGAGUCUGAUGUGACUGUAUCGAGACUGAUGUAUACCAGAUAUAUACUGCUAACUGGUCUUACUUUUUUGGGCAGGAACUACAGUCAUUUUUGGACCGGCUUUAAAGUUUAUUUACUCAAACAAGUUCAACAGAAUGUUAUUCACUGUGUUAUGGUAAUCUUUUGAAAUGUCCACAUCAGAAUUGUCUGCUGUUGUCUCUCAGGUGAUGAACACUACUCAUUACAUAGCUUCAGAAUAGUAAAUAGUGCAUCAUUUCACUGCAUGCAUUUUCACCACAUAUCUAUUCUCAGCUAAUGGAUUGGUAUUUAUAUUACCAAUAAAACAACUUGCUUGUGCAAAACAAUAAAAAAAAAAUUA